UAUGUUAUCGCGGUGCUCAUGAUACAACUGAAAUCGUAACUGCAAUAUACAGCACAGAGAAAUGAGUGGAAGACCGAAAAGUUCGGUUAAUGAGCAGCCUCGUAUCUCAGGGAGCUCAGCCCCUUUCAGAAAAGAUGGUAGAGGAACAACAGUUAUAGCGUCUCCUGGAAGUCAGGAUGAUGGCGAUAGUACACAAGAGAUUACGUACAGUGACGCACGGGUUAUUGGAAAUGGGUCAUUCGGUGUCGUAUACCAGGCAACACUACUAUCAUCCGAAAACAGAGAUGUUGCCAUCAAAAAAGUUUUACAAGACAAAAGAUUCAAGAAUCGGGAACUAGCAAUCAUGAGAGUGCUUGACCAUUGCAACAUUGUGAAACUCCUCUAUUUCUUCUACUCACAAGGAGAAAAGAAGGAUGACGUGUACCUGAACUUAGUGUUAGAAUUCAUUCCGGAAACUGUCUACCGAGUGUCGCGUAAUUACAGCAAAAACAAGAAGACACUUCCCGUAUUUGAUACCAAGCUCUACAUGUAUCAGCUGUUCCGCAGUCUGCAUUGCAUCCAUUCCCAGCACAUUUGCCACAGAGACAUCAAACCUCAGAAUCUACUGCUUAACACACACACUGGAGUGCUCAAACUGUGCGACUUCGGAAGUGCUAAGAAGCUCACGAGAGGAGAACCCAAUGUGUCGUACAUCUGUUCACGCUACUACAGAGCACCCGAACUCAUUUUUGGAGCCACAGAUUACUCAUGUAGCAUCGACAUCUGGUCUGCCGGCUGUGUGAUGGCGGAACUGCUGCUGGGCCAGCCGAUCUUCCCGGGUGACAGUGGAGUGGAUCAGCUGGUGGAGAUCAUCAAGGUGCUGGGAACUCCCUCCAAGGACCAGAUCAAAGAUAUGAAUCCCAACUACAACGACUUCAAGUUCCCACAGAUCAAGGCUCAUCCCUGGAACAAAGUGUUUUCACAAAAAGUGCCCGAGGGAGCAAUAAGGUUAACAAAUCGACUGCUCGAGUACAGUCCCGGAACUCGGCUGAAGCCAAUGCAGGCAUGCGCACACAACUUCUUCGACGAAUUGAGACUACCCGGCCAGAAGCUGUCCAAUGGCAAUCCCCUCCCUCCCCUCUUCAACUUCACGCAGCUAGAGAUCUCAUCGCUUCCGAGUGACGUCGACCAGAAGAGUCUGCAACCCCAAACAGAUCAAGGUCAACAGGCCACAGGGGGUGCAUCCAAUUCAUCAUCUGACGUCUCGAAGACACCGACAACAUCUACAGCCCAGCUACCAACUGUUAAAGAGGGAACAUCAUCAGGAGCUGCAGCAGCAGCAUCUGCUUCAAACUCAUCAUCGGCAGCAGCUGGCGCUAAUCAGCCCCCUCUAACGGUGUCAUCAACAGCUUGAAAGGAAAAGAUUGCAAAUUAGAAGCUCCGGUAUUUUCUGCUGGACCGGAACAGCUGGCAUCUUGAGGAGCUACAGAAUCCGAAUGCACACUUAAUACAUUUAACAAUGGAUUUCUUGAAUUAACCCAGAGAAAGACCAUUAGUCGCUCCAGACGAAUGUCAGAAGAAUCUUGACAAAUGAUCAUUUCAAAAAAUUCUGAAUGGAUUGAUGUAUUGAAUCGAACCUAUUUUCCUGUGUUUGUUUUUACGGCAAAUGUUGUAAUUCGAAUUCAAAUUACUGUACAGUUAGUUUAGACAAUGCCGCCGUCAUUGGCAAAAUAAAUUGACUUCAAAUUAUAUGAAUUCUGUUUUAAACCGUUGUUUUUUUUUCAUUUUUUGGGUCUCGUUCAAAAUUGCAAUGAAGUUUGCUGGUGCUGAGCGCAAAGCGUGCUUCUUCGUUCUCUUGUCACUUGCGAAAUUUAAAAACAAACCUAGAAUUAAUUCAAAUCAUGUUGUUGUAUCGUGUAGUUCUCUGAAUGUCUAUCUAUAUAAACCCUCUUAACCCUUCUACUGGGCUUAUUUGGCCUGACGUUUAAAUGUGAGUCCACCCAACGCAACCAAAUGAUGCGAACAUCAAAAUGUUAUCGUACAAAACUGCUGGUUUUCUUCACACAAUUUAUGACCUGAUAAUUAUAACCAGCCA